CAAAUGUGUUCAGGGCAUCCAACCAUUCGAGAACCUAACACUCUCGCUAAUAUAAAUGAAGUCAAAGUCAAGCAUAUACACUUGGAUCUCACUGUCGAUUUCGUACAGAGGCUACUGGGUGGCCAUGCCACCCUCACUUUUGAACCAUUGCAGGAUCAAGUUGAAAAUGUCGUGCUGGACACUUCAUUCCUCAAUAUUGACGCCGUAGAAAUGAACUCUAAGCCACUAGACUUCCACUUGGCUGAACGCCAUCCAGCCUUUGGUUCGGCUCUGCACAUCAAGUUAGCUGAGCCGAUCCAGCAGUCGUCCAAUUUCGAUAUCACCAUCAAGUAUACAACUACUGACAGAUGCACUGCCUUGCAAUUUCUUGAGCCAGAGCAGACUGUGGGAAAGCAAUUCCCAUACUUAUUCUCGCAAUGCCAGAUACACGCCCGAUCGUUUGUGCCUUGCCAGGAUUCACCUUCGGUUAAACUUACCUAUUCUGCCAGCAUUGCCUCGCCGCUGCCAGUUCUGAUGUCAGCUAUCAAGACAAGUGAAGAACCCUCUGCAGCCUCUACAGCUGGUCAGCCAUGUUUCACUGUUUACAAGUUUGAACAGCGCACUUCAAUCCCCUCCUACCUGAUCGCCAUUGUUUCCGGUAAUUUGGCGGGUCGUGAAAUAGGUCCCCGUAGCACUGUUUGGUGCGAACCUGAGAUGGUGGAUGCUGCUGCUUGGGAGUUUGCCGAUACCGAAAAAUUCAUCGCUGCUGGUGAGGACAUCUUGACAUCGUAUGAAUGGGGACGUUACGAUUUACUCGUACUGCCGCCUAGUUUCCCUUACGGCGGUAUGGAGAACCCUUGCUUGUCGUUCGUCACACCAACACUUCUGGCUGGUGACAGAAGUUUGGUUGCUGUCGUGGCUCAUGAGAUCUCUCAUAGUUGGACCGGUAAUUUGGUAACAACCAAGUCUUGGGAACACUUUUGGCUGAAUGAAGGAUGGACUGUGUUUGUAGAGAGAAAGAUUCUUGCCCGUCUCCAAGGUGAACCACAACGUCAUUUCUCGGCUAUCAUAGGCUACAAAGCCUUGACCGACAGUGUGGAGCUUUUCGGUCAUGAUUCACCUGCAACUCUACUUAAUCCCGACCUGACUGGGAUUGAUCCCGAUGAUUAUUUUAGCACAGUACCUUACGAAAAGGGAUUCAACCUCCUAUUCUACAUUGAACAAGUUGUUGGUGGACCAGAGGUUUUCGAACCCUACAUGAAGGCACACAUUCGCCGUUUUGCCCACACUAGUAUUACAACCUCGGACUGGAAAUCGUAUCUGUACGAGUACAUGCAGCAGCAACAUGGUGACGACAUGGUCAGUAAGCUUGAUAGCAUUGACUGGUAUCAAUGGCUAAAGUGUCCAGGUAUGCCCCCUGUGCCCCCCAAGUUUGAUACGACUCUUGCCGAAGCAUGCUAUUCCCUGGCGACAUGUUGGAAGGACGCUAAGGACCGUGGGGAUUCCGAAUACAAUGGCACAGGCAAGGAAAAGUUUUCCGAAUUUACAUCGCUCCAGAAAGUGAUGUUUUUGGAAUCCUUGAUGGAGGCAGCACCAUUCCCACACGAACUUUUAGCGUCCCUUGAUGCUUGCUAUCAACUUACAUCAGUUCGCAACUGCGAAAUUCGGUUCCGAUGGCAACGGUUAUGUCUAAGCUCGGAUUACGAACCGAUAUAUCCUAGUGUCUGUGAACUUGUCACUGAACAAGGUCGUAUGAAGUUCGUACGACCGCUUUAUAGAUAUCUUAAUCAAGCAAAGAACGGAUCGGAGCUGGCUAAAUCUACUUAUCUCGCAAAUAAGAGCUUCUAUCAUCCUAUUGCCGCUAUGCUCAUUGAGAAAGACAUUGGCAUUGCGCCUAUGUAGUUUUUGCAUUUGAUGAUGCAUAACAUAAUUAGCUAAAAGUAAUUUCUAGACGUAUUUCUUUUCUGGAUAACAGCUUUAUAUCACUCAACAGUAUCUUAACAUGAACGGUUUCUCUUAUAUCUCGAAAACAAGCGUUUAUUCCAUGUAAAUCGCUGAGGGAAU